AUGCCUUUUCCAAAUUGCCUUUCUCACAAUCUUGGUGAUACUGAAGUGUGCUUCAACCCUAUUCCUUCUGAAUGGCCACAAACUUUCAUCGCACAGAGAAAUGAUUACGGUGAAGCAAAGGAACCAAAUUAUUCUCAAUUCGUCGCUCGGUCGUGUAAAACUCAUUACUUCAGCCCAAGCAGAUCACAUCUCAACCUAACGAUGGUUCAAAUGCUAGCAUUUAGUUGCUGA